CUUUUUUGCUGGCUGGUGCUGUGACAGCAUAGUUUGACAGCCAAUGUCUGCGGAGAAGUGUAGAAUAAUUUAUUUAUCGCAAUUUCCUCAAGCAACGAUAAUGUAAAACGAUGUCUAGCAGCAACGAGAGUGUAUAUAACUUCAAGAUUGUCCUCCUGGGCGAAGGAUGCGUGGGGAAGACAUCCCUGGUGCUGCGCUAUGUCGAGGACAAGUUCAAUCCUAAGCAUAUUAGCACUUUGCAGGCGUCAUUUCUCAACAAAAAAAUCAACGUGAACGGUCGCCGGAUAAAUCUGAGCAUUUGGGACACAGCCGGCCAGGAGAGAUUCCACGCCCUGGGGCCAAUCUACUAUCGCUCCUCCAAUGGGGCCAUCCUCGUGUACGACAUCACGGACGAGGACUCAUUCCAGAAGGUGAAGAACUGGGUGAAGGAGCUGAAAAAGAUGCUGGGCACGGACAUUGUACUCGCGAUUGCCGGAAACAAGACGGAUUUGGCGAAAGACAGGAAUGUUCCACUGGACGUGGCGCAGGCGUACGCAUCCGGCGUGGGCGCCAAGCACUACGAGACGUCUGCCAAGAUGAACGAGGGCAUCGACGAGCUUUUCCUGGAGCUGACAAACGACAUGGUCGAGGCUCACGAGGUAAAACAGGCCCAGAAUGUCGCCCUGUCGCGCACCAGUUCGAUGCGACGGUCUCAGGCACUCGUGGUGGACGACGACGAGCGAAGUGAUGUCCAGCUGCAGGACUCGCCAGUCAGUUCCGGGCGCUGCUGCUCCGGAGGCGGCGCCGCAACAUCCGCCAGCUAAGUGAAAGCCUUGUGUUUCUUGUCUC